AUGAGGCAGGGUGCGGCAGAAGCGCCAUCCACCUCUUCCGAGUACUUUGGCUCAGUUCCAUAUUCAUCGUUAAUCAUCGAACUGGCUCCCGGCCCAGACUCGCGCAUCUCUGCAAGCCAGGCAUGCUUCUAUCUUCUCGAUGCACUUCCCCUCGUCUUCGCACUUGCACCAUACACGCUCGGCUGGCCUUCCAGAGUGUUCCCCGCGAUCAGCUUUCGCGUCCGCCCACCGGUUCCGUCCGGUGAGGACACGAUCUCCAAGCUUCCGCUCACGCACACUCCCUAUCAACAUGCAUGA